AACCGCAUUGUUACCUGAACAGGACACAUAAGAGCUGCAGAGCAAAUGUCUAAGAGUCCUUUUUUAUUUUAUUUUUUUAAUCAAACCUUUUCUUUUCUUAUGAACAUUUGAUCCUCACACUUGACCAAAACAGGAUGUUGAAGCUGUGUCAUGAUUUUUUUCAACAAAGCAACAUUUCCUUCAACAAACGGACACAAAUUAAAACCCAGACUUAAAGCUUGGGCUGCGGCAGCAGGUUGGAGCAGCACUCUGCUAUGAAUGGUCAAAGCCAGAAAAUUGAGAAUGGCGACAGACCUGCAGAAACCAGGAGAUGUCUGGGCUUCUCAGGGCGCCACAGCCUGUUCCUCUCUCUUGUUUUUGGAGUUAUGCUUUUUUUCUACUUCACUAAUAUGAGGGGCAUGUCGCCUGAAUGGAACCCCAAACAGUGGAUGCAAAGUCAUUCAACAAAACUUUUCAUCCCUUUUAGUAUGCAAAGUAAAACAAAUAGUUCCAGAUCUAAGGGGAAAGCUGCUGGUGCUUCUUUUGGAUUAGCAGAAGAUGCCACCACAGCCAGACAUCCACAACUUCCAUCAUGGCUAACAGAGAAGAUCCUAAUAGCCAAAGCUGCCCGGCAGACAGCGGCUCCUUAUGUGUCUCGUGGACUGUACUUGGUAGAGUAUCCCUAUGAGUACCACUUUACCAUAAACGAGCCUCAAAAAUGUGAGCAGGAGAAGUCAUUUGUGGUUCUUGUGGUACCAGUAGCGCCACAUAAUCGAGCACACCGUGAUGUCAUCAGAAGGACCUGGGGGAGCGAGAAGAUGAUUGAUGGUAAAGCAGUGACCUUGUUCUUCUUGCUGGGGAAGAAGACUGAAAGUGAUGCAGAGCAGGUCCAUCAGCAGCUUGUGCAGGAGAGCAAAGACCAUCAUGACCUCAUUCAGAGCGACUUUGUGGACUGCUACAAAAACCUGACCAUAAAGACCAUGGUGAUGCUGGAGUGGCUGAACUCUUUCUGCUCCAGCGCUGCCUACGCUAUGAAAAUCGAUUCUGACAUUUUUCUGAAUGUUCCUAAUCUUGUCACCAUGCUCCAAAAUGCUCCAAGGACAAACUACAUGACCGGCUUAGUGGUAUAUGAAGCACAGGUCUUGAGGGAUCCCAGUUCCAAAUGGUAUGUGCCCAUGAGCAUUCUCAGUGAUCCUGUUUAUCCUCCUUACGCUUUGGGUCUGGGUUAUAUUUUGUCUUUGGAUCUCACCAAAAAGCUGGUUGAAGCUUCCCAAUAUGUGAAAGCUUUUUAUAUCGAAGACGCAUAUUUAGGCUUGUGUAUGUACCACCUGGGUAUCCGUCCAGUAGAGCCCCCAAAUGAGUUCAGCUUCCACGUAUUUCCUCUCAUAUACAAUCGAUGUGAUUACUCCAAGGUAAUCGCCACCACAGUUCACGGAUAUGAAGAUCGUGUGAGCAUUUGGAGAGACAUUAAAAGACCAGGUCCGCACUGCUGAUAGGUUAAAUAUGUAGGAGACAAAUGAAAUUAGAUUAAAGCAAAAUUAGUACAACAUUUUAUAUUUAUGCUCUUUGACUAGGAAAAUUACCCAUUGUUCCCAUUUAACCUUAAUAUCACUGUACCUGUUGUUACUUUUUUUCUGUUUGUGUUGAAAUCAGAAUAUAGUAUUUAUAUAUUUUAUGUUAUUUUAUUUAUAGAUUUAUAGGGUUUUAAAAUGAGGAGAGCAAGGGUCCUAACAAUAAAUUCAUAAGAAAUGUAACCUCUCUCCACAAAUACAUCUUCAGUUUCUUUUAAAAAAAAAUGGCCAAUUGGUAAUGGCAUAGAGGUUCAGGGUAGAUGGUUCCAGAAUGUGAAAACCUGCAACCAUCUAAAAAUCCAUAGCGUUUAGUUAUUGUCUUUGUAACAUUCAAUAAAAGCUGAAAUAAUGAUUUUAAAAAACUGCCAUGCACAUA